UAUGCAGAUGGGUCUCCUGUUGUGGGCCAUGGCCUUGUUAUGCUGGAGGCUGACCAAGUCACAUACUGAAAAAUCCUGAGGCAACAGAACAGCUAAAUCAAUGUGUGGAAGGAACUGCUCUCAAGGCAAAAAAUAUACCUAAGUGCAUCUUGCGUCUGUUGCUGCCGUAAGCAUUACGUAAAGGAAGCUUACGUUAAUAGGCUUCGGUCCACGCAGCUUGUCUGCAGCGUGUCGUUCACUCUAACAGGCUUUUUCCCAUGCUCCUCCAGGAACAUGGAUGGUUUUUAUGUGGUGUUGCAGGUUACUUUUGUAUUAUAUCUAAUCACUGCUGGAUCAUCGACUUGUCUGAAAGGUUGCUCUUGCACUGAUGAGACCCUGGGAAGGUCUUUGCUAUGCAUGGAAACCUCCAUGAGACAAAUUCCAGAAAACAUCCCACACAAUUUCACUAAGAUCCGUGUGGAAAACUGCCAUCUGACAGAGUUACCUCAACGAUCCUUCUCCAACGUGGGUGCCUUGCAGUUCUUGUGGCUCAAUUUUAACAAUAUAACACUGAUGAACAUCAAAAGCCUAGAGGGGCUGGCCAAUUUGACGGAGUUGCGGCUACAGGGCAACAAGCUGACUUCAAUUCCGUGGACUGCAUUUCUGGAUACGCCGAAACUCAAAAUUCUAGACCUUAAACACAAUCGCCUAGAUGUCUUGCCGGAACACUCCCUAAGACACUUACCUGAACUGACCUAUUUAGACUUAUCCUUUAACCAGCUGAGUGUUAUAUCAAAAGAUGUCUUCCUGAACUGGCCCGUUUACCAGAAAGAAGAGCGAGUUUGGGCCAAGGAAGGAUCGGUCUCCAAUGUAAUCUUAGCACUACACAACAACCCUUGGCUAUGCGACUGCCGUCUCAAAGGUUUUGUGGAGUUCAUCCGGGCGGUCGGCCCUCCUAUCGUUUUAAUGAACUCGUAUUUGACGUGUUCUGGCCCCACCUCUAAAGUGGACAUGUUUUUCCACAAAAUCCAUUUGAAAACAUGUACGAAACCUGUGGCCUCUACCCCAGAGACUAACAUCAACAUGCCUCUUGGAGAAAAAGCAACACUCUCAUGCUUAGUCAAGGCCAGGCCAGCCCCAACCAUCGAGUGGAUGUACAAUCAGAAGAUUAUAAGAGGAUUUACCGCUACUAUGAGUUCCAUUGAUGAGGAGACAUUCAACUCCACUCUGGUGAUCCCUUCUUUGCACCUCACGGAUGGAGGACUCUACACUUGCCUGGCUAACAACUUCAUCGGCAACUCCACCGUUGGCAUCAUGGUGAACAUCAGCACUUUGAGCUUCUCCGCUCCUCUACUCCCACCUGCACCUAUCCUUUCCCCUGAUGAGAACACCUACAUCGACAUUCGAAUCGCCAAACAGACGGUUUACGGCAUUACACUGGAAUGGCGCGCUGCCACCGACAAUCCGGCAGAAACCUGGUUUACUGUCCACUUCGGCAAGUAUGACUCGCCCAAAAAGGAGACCAUCUAUAUCGGACCGGGCAUUAACAGCUACUCUGUUAGUGAUUUGCUUCCUGUUACCAAAUAUGAGGUAUGUGUGACCUUGAAGAACCACCCACCACGGGAGGGACAGUGCAUUGUCUUCGUGACCGGAAGUGACGUUAGCGAGAUGGAGCAGCGAGAGCGUCUGAUCCACAUUGUCGUCGUCGUGUGCAUCAUGGUGCUAGCCGUGCCGGUCGGUAUGUACGCCUGCACCACAGAAGCCCGCUUCGGCUGUGUGGACCGCUGCAGGGAUCUGUGGAAAAAGCGGCACUGGCGGUCUCACGGCGGGAACCUGCAAGGGGCUCAAAGUCAGGGCACCGAGAGUCAAGGCACUUUCGACAGCCUGCAGGUUGCCAGUGACGAAGUCUUGUGCAGGGACAUGGGGGAAAAAGCCAAAAAGAAGCACAAAUCUGAUGACCGUUGCAAAGGAGGAAGCGUGGCCUAUCUAUACUAAAUCAACAAAUUCAUCUCUUCCAUUUUUGCACUCUUUACCAGCUGACUUUGUGAAAUGAUAAAUUAUAAGUCAAUCACAUGGCACAAUAUGAGACUGACAACAGUUCACAAAAACUGAUAAUCCAACAACUCGGAUGCCUUUAUUCUGUAUUUUUCUGUGUCCUUUUAAUGUACAUAUAGAUUAUUUUUACAUGUUGUUUUCCAGAUUGAUAUCAAACAGUAAAAUUGGACAAAAUUUGUCUCGGGAAUAAUUUACAGUAUAUGUCAUUACUGGAUUAAAAAGAGAAAGACAAAUGCUGAGGCAUUCUAUUUUUUUUUUAAGCACAAUCACUCAAAGGAUUUGUUACAUAAGUGCUAUAUUCCUAGCAUUUAUCCAUACACUGCUAAGCAGAUUAGAGUGAUUUUCUCUCAGAACCCUUGUCAAGCAGGACAUGAUAUUUCUAUUUAAUGACAGCUCCUACUACAAAUAUUUUGCACAUUUUCUGAACAUGACAGGGAUAGUCAAAUACUGUACAUGUUAACACAUACCCAUUUUUUUUUAAAAUAAAAAAUUUGGUCAAUUUGUGACCAACAAACCUUUUCCCG